GAGGUCCCACUCUCUCAAUCCCGGGUUACUCUUAACACAUCCUUACAACUUUUAAAUUUAUACCCGGCGUACUUCAAGGUUCUAUAUUGGGACCUUAAGGUGUUCCUUUGUACGCCGUGGCUAAAUCCUAUAUAGAAGUUUCCAUGGAGUGAGAGAGUGAGGGGAAUGUAGUAUUGUUUUAAGUGGGAACGAGACGGCAACAUGAGCAGAACUAGGAAAGUGACAUCGCAUUAUACAAAGAACUACAGUCAAACAGUUGAAGUUAGCUGACAUAUGUGCAAAAAUGGCGACUCUGUCGCUGAAAAUCUCCAUAGAGGAUGGUAAAGUGGUGAAGACCAUCCAAUUCGAUCCGAGCAGCUCUGUAUACGAUGCCUGUAGGAUCAUCAGGGAGAAGAUUCUGGAGGCCAACAUCAAUGAUGCAAAAGAGUAUGGACUGUUCCUUGCAUCUGAAGAGGAUAAUAAGAAGGGAAUAUGGCUGGAGUCAUCUCGGAGUCUAGACUACUACAUGUUGAGGAAUGGGGAUAUGUUGGAGUAUAAUAAGAAGACCAGGAACCUUCGAGUUCGCAUGUUAGAUGGGACAGUCAAGACUCUACUAGUGGAUGAUAGUCAAGUGGUUGCCAAUUUGAUGGUGGUCAUUUGCACCAAGAUUGGUAUCACCAAUUAUGAUGAAUAUGGAUUGGUCCGAGAAGAGCAGAAGGAAGAGGCAGACCCUUGUGAGAAGCCCAACUAUGGGACUCUCACACUUCGCAGGAGGCAUCACGAGAAAGAGAGGGAUGCGAAGAUGGAACAGCUCAGGAAGAAGUUGAGGACUGAUGAUGAGGUCAACUGGGUGGAGCCGUCGAAGACAUUGCGCGAACAGGGCAUCGAUGUGACGGAGACACUUCUUCUACGUCGGAAACUUUUCUUUUCUGAUCGAAAUGUGGACUCUCGGGAUCCGGUUCAACUGAAUCUCCUAUAUGUUCAAGCGAGGGAUGCUAUCUUGGAUGGGACACACCCUGUGACACAGGACAAAGCGUGUGAGUUCGCAGGCUUACAAUGCCAAAUACAGUUUGGUGAUCACAAGGAAGACAAACAUACGCCUGGGUUUUUGGAUUUAAAAGAAUUCCUGCCGGCUUCGUACGUGAAAGUCAAAGGGAUAGAAAAGAAGAUUUUCAAAGAGCAUAAAAAGCACAUAAAUCUGAGCGAACUGGAUGCGAAAGUACUUUACACGAAGAGCGCCAGAGACCUUCCCACUUACGGCGUGGCUUUCUUCUUGGUCAAGGAGAAAAUGAAAGGAAAGAACAAGUUGGUGCCUCGACUACUCGGUGUGACCAAGGACUCCGUUCUACGUCUGGACGAGAAGACCAAAGAGAUCCUUCAGACCUGGCCCCUGACCACUGUACGCCGGUGGUGCGCCAGUCCCAACACGUUCACACUGGACUUCGGAGAUUACAGUGAUCAAUACUACUCGGUGCAAACAACGGAGGCCGAGCAGAUCUUGCAGGUGAUCGCGGGAUACAUUGACAUAAUAGUCCGAAAGCGGAGGGCGAAGGACCAUCUCGGGAUCGAAGGGGAUGAGGGCUCCGCCAUGUUGGAAGACUCGGUAUCGCCUUCCAAAGCAAACAUAAUACAGCACGAUACGUUCAAAUCGGGCAAAGUCAAUACGGAGUCUGUGGCGAAACCAGCCGUGCUGAGACCUGGAGCUGAAGGUGCGAAGCCGUUUGCAGUUGGCCAUAUGACAGGUGCUCAGCAGACGACGAUCUCUGGACAGGCCAUUACAGGACACACCCCACCCGCUGCGUCGCAAGUCCAACAGACCAGGAUAACAUCGAUUUUAAGCGAACCGCAGCGAGCCUUGCUGUCGACAAUCACCUCAGGACGAGAGGUCAUUAAGCAGACGGAAGAAAGGUUGACCAGGGCGGCACUGCCAGCCCUCGGUUCGGACGCGGGUUCGAUCCGUUGGAAAACAUCUACAUUGGACAGUAGCAAGCAAGUGGUGACGUCACACAUCGCGGCUAUGAAUGCUGCCACUGCGCAAGUCGUUACCUUGACGGCUGGACCCACCGAAGAAGUGGACCACACAGCCGUGGGAGCAGCUAUCACAACCAUCACAACCAACUUACCGGAGAUGACGAAGGGUGUCCAAAUGAUUGCUGCGCUGAUGGAAGACGACAAUGGCGACAGUCUUCUAGACGCGACAAGGAAAUUAUGCAGCGCCUUUACUGAUCUGCUGAGAGCUGCAGAGCCGGAAACUAAAGAGCCGCGUCAGAAUCUACUUAACGCAGCGUCUCGUGUCGGUGAAGCUUCGACAAGCGUCCUUCACACAAUCGGCGAAGAAACGCCCCAAGACAAGGAAACCCAGGACAUACUACUGUCCCUUGCGAAGGCCGUAGCGAAUACAACAGCCGCCUUAGUACUAAAAGCAAAGAACGUGGCUGCACAAUGCAGGGAUGAACAGCCUCUUCAGAAUACGAUCAUCGCGGCCGCUACUCACUGCGCCUUGGCGACCAGUCAACUCGUCGCCUGCGCCAAGGUUGUCGCUCCGACCCUCCACAAUCCAGCCUGCAGAGAACAGCUGACGAGUGCAGCCCGACUGGUUGCACAAGCAGUCGAGCGAUUGGUCGGAGCCUGCCAACACGCGCCGGAAAGUGCCGGCCCGGGAGUGGAGCACCUGACUUUCGCAGCCCAGAGGGUCACGGAUGAGCUUGAACGACUGUUGGCGCAUUGUGAUCUUGAUCGCCGUGGUCAAGCAACAGUUAUUGAGCAGUCCGUGGAAAGUGUUCUAACAGCGAGCGAAAGGCUUGGGUCAGCCGGUGAACCGGCCGAGAUGCUGCGAAGAGCUAGAGUGUUGGGACAGGCUACAGCUAGACUUAUCGCUGAUAUUAAGACCGAAGCGGAGAAACAGCCUUCGGAGAGUCAAGGCAAGCUGUUGGCUGCCGCUAAGCUUUUGGCAGACGCCACCGCAAGGAUGGUGGAAGCCGCCAGGCAAUGCGCUUCAGAGCCGCAGGAUCGUGACAAGCAAGAGGCUCUACUCCGCGCAGCUGAAGAGUUGAGGUUCAUAACGGCUGAUUAUGCGCAGGGGCAGGACAUAGUCAGCUCACAAGUGGCGAGAUUAUAUGAAAGCGCCAGACAAGCCGCUUCCAGCGCCAAUCAGCUGAUCGCAUCGGCCCAUAACGCGACGCAAUACAACACUAACAAGUAUUCACAGGAGGCUCUUCUCUCGGAAUGCUCCAUCCUCAGUUCGCAUAUUCCAAGAUUGUCGGAAGCUGGGAGCGUCUUCAGCGCCAGACCCCACAACCCAGCAGCCCAUUUGGACUUGGUCACGGCGUCGGAGACUUUCUUACAGCCAAGUGGUCACGUGGCCCAAGCAUCCCGGGCCGUGCUGCCCACAGUGAGCGAGCCGGCCGCUAACAAGCAGUUGGCUGACACCACCAACCAAUUCACGGCCAGCUGUGCGGACCUUAGGUCAGCCGUGAGUCGGGCCCGUGCCUCGUGCCGCGGGCUUGAGCUAGAUGCCGCAGCUGAGAUUUUGAGAGAUCUCAAGGAUGAGUUGGACGAGAUGGAGAGGGCCUGUGCCGCAUUCCAGCUCGCCCCCUUGCCCCAGCAGACUGUGGAAUGGGCGUACUCCAAUCUGCAAUCCUCCGGUCGCUCAGCGGCAUCAGCUAGCGCGGCUCUAAGCGCCGGAGCCAAGCGCCAAGACUCCGCUGGCUGCGGCAGGGCUGCGUUGGACCUGGCCUCGUCUCUGAGGCACUUCGCGCCGCCCCUUAGAGCUGCAAUUGCCCACGCGCAUAAGGAUCAACAACCCAGAGUUCUAGCGUCCGGUCGUCAAGUUGUGACUUCUUCUCUUACUCUUGUCGAAAAUGUGAAACGCUUCUUGAACAGCUCCGAAGAAGUGGAUUGCGCUAAUGUCGUCAAUAUGGCGAAGAAUGUCUCCCAGAGCGUCGAACUGACUCUAGAGUCUGUACCGGCUCAUGCAGAACUGGACUCGGCCAUGGAGGACAUCAAUCAGACGCUGCAUAUCCUUGACAUGGACGACCUGCCUAGGACGGACAAGAGCUACAGCGAACUUCAAACAGAGUUGAACGCGGCGGCAGUGGGCCUCAGUACUGCAUCAUCGGAUGUGGUCUCCUCCGUGGAACAGGGCACGCUGAGCGCCAGCGGAAGACAUUUCGGGGAUGCCUUUAAUCGCCUCAUGGGAGUGUCUCUGGAGUUGGCUGGCCAGACAGAGGCUCGGGAAUCUCGCACUGAAAUGAUUCGUUCAAUGAAGACGGUGACUGUGAACUCUUCGAAGCUCCUCGGCACUGCGAAGUCUGUCAGUCAGGACCUCACUCGUCCAAACGCAAAGAACCAGUUGGCUGCUGCCGCUCGUGCUGUUACAGAGAGCAUCAAUAAUUUGGUGGACGUGUGCACGGAAGCUGCCCCUGGUCAGAAGGAGUGUUCGGCUGCGAUUAGAAGCAUCCAAAGCACCAGGACCCUGCUGUCGCAGCCUUCGCAGCCGAUCAACGACAUGGGCUACUUUGCCUGCUUGGACGCGGUGGUCGAACAGAGCAAGGCGUUGAGUGAAGGCAUGUCGGGGAUGGCGAGCUCCAUCAAAAAAAGCGACACGACACAGUUCUCUCGAAGCGUAUCUGCUGCCGGUUUAGCCGUUCAGACGUUGGUCGAAUGUACCGCUCAGUCUGCGUAUUUGACCGCGGUGUCCGAUGAGACGUCGGUGGCCGGCCGCGCUGGUCUGGUGGAUCAGGCGCAGUUCGCUCGGGCGGCCGCUGCCAUCGAACGGGCGUGUGCCACCCUCAGCGAUCCGAGGACUGAUCAGCAUCAGGUUCUAUCAGCUGCCACGGUGAUAGCAAAGCACACUAGCGCCCUCUGCAAUGCGUGUCGUGUGGCUUCCGGCCGUUCUGCCGAACCGCAGAGCAAGAGGCACUUUGUCCAAGCGGCCAAGGACGUUGCCAAUUGUACUGCGGCACUCGUGAAGGAAAUCAAGGCUUUGGAUUUGGAUUAUAGCGAGGCGAAUCGUGAAAGAUGCGCCCAAGCGACGGCUCCGUUGCAAGAGGCCGUGCGCAGCCUCUGUCAGUUUGCGGACAGUCCGGAGUUCGCAGCCGUUCCAGCCAGGAUCUCGCCUCAGGCCAGACUUAGCCAGGAGGCCAUUUUGGAUUGUGGCAGGAGUAUAAUAUCUGGAUCCUGCUCGAUGCUGGAAGCAGCCAGAGUGCUGGUGCUGGCACCCUCGGACCGACCCCAAUGGCAGGCCUUGGCCACUCACAGCAAAACUGUCUCGGACAGCAUUAAACUUUUGGUCACUAAUAUACGUGAAAAGGCACCUGGACAACGUGAAUGCGCACGCGCAUUGGAUACGCUGAACUCACAACAGCGGGAGUUGGACCAGGUUGCGAUACAGGCUGUUGGACAAGAGUUGAGGGCCAGGCAGGCUAAUACUCUGCAAGGCUACUGCGAACAAGUGGAGAACAGUGCAGCGGAGAUGCUGGAGAAGUUGGAGCCGGUGAGGGUCGCAGCCACUUCUGAAGCGGAGAAUUUGGGGCACAGCGUCUUGCAAAUGGUAUCAUACGCCGAACCUUUAGUCUCCGCUGCUAGCGGUGCCGCGUCGAAUCUCACUGAAUCGGCCUCACAAUCCGGACUCUUACAACACACCAGGACUGUGUUGGAGACUCUAUCUCUGCUCGUUCACGCUGCUAAGCAGAGUGGAGGGAAUCCUAGGGCGAUAUCGGCUCAUAGCGAAGUCGAAGCGCAAUGCUCGCUCGCCCGGGCUGCUCUCAACGAGUUGAGUGGGCAAGUGAGGGAGUUGAGCACCCAAAGAGGUGCUGUUGGACCUCUUUUGGACUCUGUCGCACGGGCAGUGGCUAGACUCACUGAGCAUAGAAUGUCCCUCAUUGGUAGCUAUGACGAGACCGAAUCAUUCGUGGAUUACCAAACAAGAAUGGUUGCUGCCGCUAAGGACAUUUCCAGACUGGCUUCCGAUAUGACGGCCAAGGCUGCCACUGAACCGGCGCGUCUAGUCGAACUCGGGAAUGAGAUGUGUCAGAAGUAUGAGAAGUUAGCGUCUGACAGUGUCGGGGCGUCGGCGACCACGCCCAACGCGGACGUGGCCAAUCGUAUUCGCGUGUGUGCCGUGGAAGUUGGUGAAGGUGUCUCCGAACUGGUGAGGGCUGGUGGCCAUUGUCGUCUCGCCGCCAUUUCCCAAAACCAACGGUCCGUUGCUGAUAACGCUAGGAAGUUGAAUGAGAAGGUGGUCUCCCUGUUGAGCGCCCUUCAAGCGGGUUCCCGCGGCACUCAGGCCUGCAUCGACGCCGCGGCCACCAUAGCCACCAUCAUUGGGGAUUUAGACACCACCAUUUUGUUUGCAAGCGCUGGCACACUUCAGUCAGAGAAGGAAGGCGAUACAUUCUCAAACCAUCGUGAGAAUAUCCUGAAGACCGCAAAGACUCUGGUAGAAGAUACCAAGAGCCUGGUGGGUGGGGCUGGUGGAACUCAGGAGCAGUUGGCUUCAGCCGCCCAGAGCGCUGUUGGAACUAUCAUGCAACUAUGCGAAGUGGUGAAGCAAGGCGCCAUGUCCCUCGGGGGCGGAAGUGCCGAGCCCCAAGUGCUGGUCCUUCACGCUGCCAGAGACGCUGCCGCCGCGCUUCGGGAUCUGGCCGCCGCUACCGCUGCAGCCAGCGGAAAGCACGUGCAGCAUCCAGACAUGGACCGCUUGAAGCAUGCCGCCAAGCGCCUCUCAGACCCGAAGCGUUGGAGCCUCCCAAUCAAAACCAACACAAUCCCAAAAGCAAAGAGACGUUCCCUUAUAAAAGACUACAAUUCAUGCGAUUCCGAAACUGAUAUCUUCCAAUCUGAUCAAGAAGAUGAGCUCAUCAAGCUCUUGGACUAUUCCAGUCAAGAUGACGAUAUCUCACCCAGCAUUUUUCACGAUAGUUGCGAAGAACUAAUCACAUAUAUAGAGGAUUUAAUGACCCAGCCCAUUUCCAGAGAAGUAAAUGACGAUGUCAAUGCUAGAUACAAUAUAGCAGCCAAAAAUAGUCUAUUUGACAUGGAUUGGAGGGUGCUUAAAUACGGGGAGGGUAUUUUCUUAGGAGAACUACGAAAAUGUAUCGAUGUAUGCGUUGAAGUUGCUAAAAAAACUGAUAAUAGAAGGAAACGUAAUGCAAGGCAACUGGAAGUUGUUUCAUCAGAUUUGGACAGUGAGAUGAAACGUCUGUCCCAAGUGGUCGAAGAUUUAAAUUGGCAAGACACUGUUAAUACAAACUUGACAAUAAAAAGAACUAAAAUCGAUAAACCAAAGUUAAAGAGUCCGGUUUUUAAACUUAAAAAAAUUAAACCAAUUAAUUUAGUCGUUAACAUGGAAAAUAAAGAUGUAAAAUCUAUAGAACCGUUAAAAUCGUCGCAGAAUAGUCCUAAAACACCUGAAAGUGGACUUAAUACAAUUAAUAGGAAACAAUUUUGGAAUAUGUUCAAAGAUGAUACAGAAUGGUGGAAGGCGUUAGCGCAAAGAAACUUAGAAAAAAUGGAAGAAACGAGACUGGAAUUGGAGAGAUUUAGUGGACACGAACUAGUUUUAGGUGAAAUAAAAACAGAAAUUGAUAAAUACGAGAAAGAGAAACAUACUCUGCGUAGUUUUAUCGAAGAUGUUGAUCUAUCAAAGACGAUCAAUAAAGAUUUAGAAUACAACAAAAAGUAUGAAGAUAUAGUUUUAAAAUUAAUCGAUUUUGCCAAACGAGACUUCAAUUACAAAGGAUUUGAUCCACUGAUUUUGAAACUAAAGCAGUUAUCCAAUAUACAAAUAGAAAGAAAGCAUAAAAACUUGGAUAUCUACGAAAAGAUAGAUAUAUCAAAGUCUACAUAUGAAGAAUUGUGUCAACUAGAGAGUUACUAUAACAAGAUUAUCAGAAAAUAUGUUCCCAACAUAACAAAUGAAGGUCAAAAUAACAAAAAGAUCGAAAUAUAUGACAUAACACGAACAUACCCCAAACAGUACUAUGCCAACAAUUGGUGGACGAUAUAUGAAGAUGUGAUAAAAAAUAGGGAAAAACAAUUCGGCAGUUUGGAUGGCUGGUGGGAUUUCUACGAGUCUAUGAUGAAUAGGAAAAAUAUGAAAGUGAUGGUGAAGGAACGCCAGAGGCCGAAGAGUCGUAUGGAGGAACAGCUAAAAAUUCUCGAUGAAGUGGAUAAUACGAGGUUUCGGGAGACGGAAGCGGUUGAGAACAGUGGGAAUGAAUCGGUUAUGGUGACAAAUGUGACGUCACUGCUGAAGACUGUUAAAGCUGUUGAAGAUGAACAUACAAGAGGCACAAGAGCCCUGGAAUCCACGAUUGAGGCCAUAUCACAGGAAAUUGAGGUCCUAAUGUCCCCAUCGCCCCCCAAAAGCACGGGAUCACCUGAAGAGCUGGUCCGUUGCACUAGACUGAUGACAGCUGCGACGGCCAGAGCGGUGGCGGCUGGUGGCAUAGCUGGCGCAUCGGGGCAAGAGCAGUUGACUGCGGCUGCUAAUCUGGGUCGGAAGACUGUUCUGGAUAUGAUGGCUGCUGCAAAGAGCGCAGCCCAUUCGGCAGAAAGUGAAGAGCUGAAACAGCGUACCUUAGAAGCGACUCGAGUGGCAGCUGAGUCCUAUCGCUCCCUGCUUAGCGCUCUGCUAUCUGCGCCCGCAUCGCGUCAUGCAUUACCGGAGUUAUCUCGGAAUGUUGCCCAUGCAGUCGCCGAUAUGUUGGCGGCCGCUGAUUUGCUUAAAGGUUCAGAUUGGGUGGAUCCAGCUGACCCAACUGUCAUAGCGGAACAGGAGCUGUUGGGCGCCGCUGCCUCCAUCGACGCCGCGGCGAGGAAGCUGGAGAAGCUUAGGCCUAGAAUGCAGCAGGCUCAGGAGACUGAUGAGAACCUCAACUUUGAUGAGAUGAUCCUGGAAGCUGCAAAAUCUAUUAUAGCAGCGACAUCGGCUCUCGUCAGAGCGGCAUCAGCGGCUCAGAGGGAGCUGAUUGACCAGGGAAAAGUCGCUCGACGCCCGACCUCGUCGUCAGACGAUGGGCAGUGGUCUGAGGGGCUGGUGUCCGCCGCUCGAUUGGUUGCAGCCGCUGCGCACGCGCUCGUCGAAGCAGCGAACGCGCUUGUACAGGGUGCUGCGUCCGAAGAGAGGCUGAUUUCGAGCGCGCGACAAGUGGCUUCUUCAACAGCACAACUUUUAGUCGCUUGUAAAGUAAAGGCUGAUCCCACAUCGGAAUCCACUCGGCGCCUGCAGGCUGCCGGAGCGGAGGUCAUCCGAUCUACGGAUGGCUUGGUGCGAGCGGCCAGAGACGCCAUCCAUUGCGAUGAUGAACGGAGUUUGGUGCUCAACAGAAGAAUGGUGGGGGGCAUCGCUCAAGAGAUCGAUGCCAGAUCCGAAGUCCUUCGCAUAGAGAAGGAGCUGGAGGAAGCUCGCGGACGUCUCACGGCGAUAAGACAGGCGAAGUACAAACUGCGUGGGGACACGUCCGGCGACGAUACGGACACGGACGGACAAGACGUGCAACAUAGAUUCAAAUCGCCGACCAGUAGUUUCGCGAACACCACUUACAGUCCGAACAGCACGUACACAACGCAGAACACCACACAGAAUCUAACACAGAACACGAGUGUGACACACAAUACGACACACAACCUAUCGCCCGUGUACUCGCCCGGGUACAACGGGUUCAAGGACAAGGGUGACAAGAGCCCGUCCUUUUCGAGUUUCCGUCCGGACGAAACUCCGAAGCAGAAUUAUGAGGGAUUUACAACUCGAGAAAAAACUACGAAACUUAAUGACAGAACGAUGAGAAACGAUUACGAGACACGCCUAUACGACACGCCACGCCCUGUCAACGAAUACUAUGACAAAAAAGAGAGGGUCGAAAAUUAUAAAACUGAAAAUCAAUAUUUUAAAGAAGAAAAGUACGGUUAUGACACACCCAAAGCCCCAAUGAGUCCCAAAUUUAACGCACGCGAACUACGAGACGAUAAAGAACCAAUAUACUCAACAUUACGUAAAUCUCCGUUAGAUGGUAUCGGUGAAACAUUCAGCGAACACCAGAAGUCCACUGAGGCCAUCCCCGGUGGGACUAAACACUCGGAAUACUCUAUCAAAAGCGAGUCCUAUCAGAGCUACCCCAAAACGGAAUACAUCAAAUCAUUUGCCACAUCGACACCGACCAAAUUCGACUUCAAACCCCUUGAUGCCAAACAGAGCGACGUCGGACAGAACUUUCUAGAAGAAACGACAACAGAGGUUAAGGAAAUCCCAAAUGGUACGCAGAAGAUUACAACAACGAAGAUCUACAGCUCGUCACCGGUAAACCUGACUAGCACGAACACAAAGUACGAACCGAUCAAGUUGGACGGUAUAGACGAAUUGUCGAAAUUUGAAGAUUCUCGAUACAGUACACUCGAUUCACGAUACAGUGAGUCGAAGAGCGAUUCGAGUCGAUUCCUGCGGCCAUCGGAGUUCAGGGCAGACGUUAAGAGGGAAAUGCUGAAGGAGAUUGAUGGGAUAGACAAGAAAUUCUCGAAGCAGACCAUCACAUCCGAGAUGGUUGAGCGGAAAUCUGUAAUGACUAGCUCCCACAAGACGGAGUCCAGCUCGACAGUUACGAAGAAGUUUGGGAAUUUUUAAAAGCUAUUUCUGCUGGUAAUUGUUUGCUGUCUGAGGAAUCGGCAUGAAGGUCUCACGAAAUUUUGGUGUUUUUUUUUUUGAAACACCGAAAUUUCGUUCAAUAUUAUUUUUUUUGUCAUUGACCUAUUCUUAGGUGUAGUACAGACGUCAAAUAUUUGAUAAAUUGUGCCUUGUGUGUGUCUUGCGAUUAUGCCAAAAAUGAACAGCUGAUUUUGUAGUUGCUUGGAAUGAUUAGACAGAGAUGUCCACUAUCCGGCUAUUAGAUAUAUAUACCUAUAUAUAUUUUAGCACUAUAGCGGACAUAUUAGAAUGUAAGCAUGUGAGCGGUGCUAGAUUAGAUUAUUUCACAAAGUGCCAGCACUAAAUGUGUCCUUCAAAUGCCUUAAAUACAGGUUGAUUUAAAAUGUACAGUCCCCAAUUUGGGCAUGGUCACUUAAAUAAAGCUUAGAACAAAAAAAUAAUUUAACUCUCUGAAACUAAUCAAAAAGUUUUUCAAUUUGACAUAGAAAAAUCCGAUCCAGAAAUCGGUGGUACAGGCAGUGCAGCAUUUAUAAAGUAGUGUAGGCAUAAAUGUCCACGCCUCAGUUGGGGACUAUCGGUUAAGUUGGAAAUCACCUGUAUUAAAUGCCAUUGCAUAUAGUGCCUUUAUUAUACACAGUAUUUAUAUACAGCUAAUAUACAAUAUAUGUAACAUUUAUGUUUUUAAAGCAUAUGGAGUGCCAUAAUGUAAAAUAAAGGGUAUUUUUAUGGUGCAACUAAACUCUUAACAAAAAAUAAAUACUAAAUUAUUAACGUUUUAAUGUGUAUACUUAUAAUAUAUUGUGAAUAAAAUUUUAUUGAACAAAUUUCAAAUGAACCGUGUCAUCGACAAUAGAUGGCGCUCGUAUAGGACUGUUUUCAAACGCGUUAAUGGUUAUAUUUCAGGCUAAACUUAAUCUGGGUACAAACAUUACAACGAUUUUUUAAUGUUUAUAUGUUGUCCUUUACAUAUACGUAGAGUAAGAGAUGACUAUUGACCGGAACUAUUUGGAUUGGUUUAAAGUCAUUAAUACAAUUCAAUCAAAAUUCUACGCUAACUGUAGUUAUAACAUCAAAGAUGGUUCACAGUUAAAAAAAAAUAGAUAAGUUGCAUAAGCAUUGUCUUACUUUUUAGUGUCGUUGGCUGAUCGACGAACGAAGUCUCGAGAACUUGAUAUUUUUAGCAGCUAUUUUUGCGAACAGCCUGUAGAUUAGAGCGGCUUUUAAAUUUUAAGAUGCCCACGUGAGCACGUCCACUCCAAGGUAUAAAACACCAAUAAGAUAUAUUUUAUAUAAAUACAGUGGUAAUUGUAAUUAAGAAACCACCUGUAUAAGAAUAAUUAUAAUGUUGACAGCUAAUACUAAAUGUCUAUUUAAUAGUUUUUAAGAUAUUAUUUACUUACAAAUUUGGUUUAAAUUAAUCGUUUUAAAAGUAAUUUUUAAUCUCUAUUGAUAAUAUUGUGUAACAAUGAAUUAUAUAUUCCCUUGCUUGUAUUAUGCAGUUAUUUGUCAUUUUAUUGGUCAGUUUAACAGACAACUUGACGCAUUUGACAAUUCGUUAGUACAACAGUCGGCGCCUUUGACAGUUGACACAUUCGACAGAUGAAAUGUUUUGGCGCGUUUCGCAUUACGACAAGGGAAUAAGGAAUUCAUUUUAGAUCGAAGUAAGGGCUUGUUCGACUAAUUCAUAAAUGUACGAAGCUUUUUUUGUCAUUAAUUAAGAUUAAU